AUGGGCAGGAAAGAGGACCUCGCAAACAGCACGAGCGACGAUGAGCAGGGCAACAACAUCGCCCCAGCCGAUCAGUCAUCCAAACAGCGACGAGCAGAGUUCAUCCGUCAAGCAUCACAGCCGCUCGUAAGGCAUACUGCAUCCAACAAUAGACGCAAAUCCUCGACCGACAACAAGCACUCAACACAGUCUUCCACCACACAAGAGGGCGAGGCGAGUCAGUCGGUCAGCCAAUCUGUUCACAACAUUAAUCAAGUCGAGGGAGAGGACAAUGUCGAUGCAGAUGAGGAGGAGCAGAUUGAUGAUCAGCGUCCCGUUCUUCACUCAAGAUGGCUUCGUACCAUGGACUCUAGCAAGGGAUGGGAGUCCUUUCCAGUCAAAGACAGUCGCAAUUUGGAGGCGGCGUGGAACAAGUGGACUGAGCAGAAAGGCGGCAACGUCGAGCUACCCACACUACCUGAUAUAGACGGCAAGCUUCAAGCAGGUCAAGUUUCGGACUCGGGAGACAAGUGGCAGCCUACCGAUCCCGACGCGGAAAGUGUGCCUCAUAAGGUGGCUGUUGGCACCGAUAGGCUCUACGAUGCCGACAUCAGCGAGUUUGCCAUGAGCCCCGUCUUCUGGAAGGGACCUCAACUCCGCAUAACACGAGCAAGCUGGUUUUUUGAGUCCAACAAGCUGACACCCUGCUCUACUGCUCUUGCUGCAGAGCUCGAGUCGCAUUUCCAGACCCUUCGUCCUUGGCUCUCUUCUUACACCGACGAGCUCAAGUCCUCCGUAUCCCUUGGUGCAGAGGCUGAAGCCAAACUCAAAUGCAAACUCAAGACGCUCAAGAACAGCUAUGUCAUCUUCCAAGGUCCACGUCUAGCUCGUCUUUACAACCAAGGCUUCUCCAAUCGUUUGUCAAAGCAAUUCUUUACUGCCUGGAGUGGCGAGCACAGCGGCGGACAGCUCCUCAUCCGUGGCUAUCAGACUCUAGUACAGCUCAAUCAAGCCAAGCAAGGCAACCUCAAAGCAAAGUCUGGUUCGCCUCGUAAGCCCAAGCGUGCAUCUUUCUCUUCCGAGAAGCAAGUUCCUCUACCCAAAGUGCCGGGUGGAGGCACGCAAGGACUCGAGAGCCGUUUAGCAGAGGCUUUGAACGAUGAGGACAAAGAUUCUGCACCUCUUGUCGUCGACGAUGCCGAGACGACAGACGACAGAAUCUCGGACGAGCGUGCUCCAGAAGAGGACCCAAGGGCAUCCAGCAAAGAUCUUCGCACUCUCAGCACCAGCACCUCGCAACCUUGGCUGAAUGUCGACAGGACUCACGUCGGGGGGACACCUUCCAGAAUGAGCGCCAAAGCCACACUACCCAACCCCUCAGUGAUGGCUGCAAGCGGUAUGACGUCUACAUCAGCACCUGCUAACGAGCUUCUUCGCUCCGUCGCUUCCAGGUUGGGCGUUCUAGGCGGCAGCGAUGCUUUCUCGACCAUCACGGACAAGGAAAGCGAUCUCGAGUCACACACUGAAUCGGGUGCACUGACACCCUCGCAGCAAGAUGACAUUAGCGAGUCGUUCAAAGAAGCACAGCGCAGGAUCCAGGAUAAUGUUUUGCGUCCAGGGACCAAGGAGAAGGUCGUUGCUACCCAUUCCGAGGGCAAGCAAGUGGGCCAAGUGAACGAGGCUGAGGAUGCCACCGAGGCAGAGCGGGACGACCCAGAGGCAUUCGAUGAUGAAGAGGAGCAAUCUGAGGCGCGUUCCGAGAGCGAACGACCGCCCGAGCUCUUGCUAGCCGUCCACGGCAUUGGCCAACGAUUGGCGGGCGAGUGGAAGAGCUUCGACUUUACGCUCGCCAUCAACACCUUCCGUGCUCUGCUGCAGACUCGAAUCGACACUGCUAAGGUACCGAGCGAGAUUGGCGGCAAAGGUCUCCAUGGCCUUGCUGAUAACCGUCGCAUGCAGAUUCUACCGAUCCACUGGCAGACUGGCUUCCAUCAGAUGCAACAGGACGACGAACGAUGGGCCGACGACGACUCGGAUGCUGAAGAUCCAGACUCAAUGCUGUACGACAAUGGUGUCGAGCUCGAGAUAGAUCACAUCUUUGGCGAUGACGGUAUCCCGAUCGUACGCACCUUGGUUAAGGACGUGCUGAUGGAUAUUCCCAUGUACCUUUCGCAGCACAAGGCGCACGUGCUCAGGUCGGCGAUGCUGCAAGCGAAUCGACAGUAUCGACUCUUUACCAAGCGCAACCCGGAGUUCGAGGCCAAACAAGGUCGCGUGCAUAUCGUUGCACACAGCUUGGGUACUGUCAUCUCAGCGGAUAUCCUCUCGCAGCAGCCCAACCGCGUGCCUCCCGUCAAGGAUCUCACUCGUGAACAGAUCCUUAAAGAUCAGGAACGCCAGCUGUUGUUCAAUACACACAGCUUCUUUGCAGUCGGAGCUCCCGUUGCGCUCUUCUUUGUCCUGCAUCGAGCGCAACUCAUUGCAAGGAGUGGCUUGGUGCGCUCCAGCCGCUUCGUGCAAGAUGAGCCGGGUGUGACACUGAAUCGCCAAGGAAAGUAUGGCUGUCUUGCGGUGACCAACUUCUACAACAUCUGGAACCAGUAUGAUCCCGUGGCGACACGAGCAAGCCCUUGCGUGGACGUGCAGUAUGCUAAGCUGUUGAAGCCGGUACCGCUUAGCAAGGCCAUCCGCAGUGUUCUUCGAGCUGAUGCAGAGGCUGACAAUCACGAUAUCGCCGAAGAUGGAGGCUCGCAAUCCUUUGGAUCCGGCAAGGCGAAUGACUCUGAUUCAGGUGUAGCCAAGCGCAAAGCAGUGGCAGCCAAACGAUCCAAGGGCUUCUUCGGAUCUUGGAGCCGUAAAGCAGGUGAAGCGGCCACGCGAGCUGCAGCAGCACACAACAAGUCGAAGCCGGAGGGAGGAGAGGCUGAUGGUGAGCAGACCACUGACGAAAGUGUGCCCCGAUCGAGCAUGGAUGUCUCUGAAUCCGAAGAUGUCAGAGAGGCUCGAGAAGAGGCCGAAAGCGUUCGUGCCAGGAUUGCGGCCAAGGCUAAAGAAGAAGAGAAGCGCAAGGAAGAGCGCGAACGAGAAGCUGAUGAAGAGAAGAAGAAAGGAAUUAGCGCCAAGCGAAAGGCAAGAGCCAAGGCUCGACUGCGUGCUUUGAACCCAAUGCAUCGAAUUGACUUUACCAUGCCAGUGGAAGGGUACAGCUUGCUAAGCGCCAUCAACCAGUACGCCGAACUCAUGACGGCGCACAUGAACUAUUGGACCAAAGUCGACUUUGCUGAUUUCCUCAUUGCCCAGCUUAUGGCUGAUAAUAGUCGACUCGAGAGGAGUCUGGAGUAUCGCCAUGUCGAGGGAUGGGAGUGA